AUGGCUGUUGUAGCUAAUUUAGCGAUCACAACCACUAACUCCGGUGGAAGAUUUCUAUCGUCACAAGAUCGACUGGGUCUUGCUGAUAUUCUUACUGAUACCCAAUGGGAAAUCAUUGUGCAAACGGUGAAAACUUCGAAUAAUGAUCCGAAGGAGAAGAUUUAUGGUAAAUGGAUACUUGAUACUGGGGCUUCACGACAUAUGACAGGAAGUAAAGAGUUUUUGUUUAAAACUCAUGAAAUCGGUUUCUCUUCCGUAAAGCUCCCGAGUUGCACAUACUCUCAUGCUCCAUGCGAAGGCACCGUAGUGUUUGAAAACAAUAUGAAACUACUUCAUGUUUUAUUCGUUCCUGAUCUCCACUGCAAUUUGAUUUCUUUAGCAUGUUUAAUUAAAGAUUUGAAAUGUGUUGUCACUUUGACUGAUAAGUUAUGUGUGAUACAGGACCGUACUACGAGGACGAUGGUUGGUGUGGGUGAGAAACGAGAAGAUAUAUCUUUCACAGUGGAAUGCGCGGCAAAUCGAGUAUCUGCUGGAGAAGAUUAUUGUCUGUGGCAUAGACGUUUAGGUCAUGCGUCUAAUAAGGUUAUUUCUUUACUUCCGGGUGCGAAUAAAGUUGAUUGUCAGAAAUUUGUUAAUGAACCGUAUGAUAUUUGCUUUAAAGCUAAACAAACUCGGACUACUUUUCCUGUUAGUGAGAAUAAAGCAGAUGACUUCUUCGAUUUGGUUCAUUGUGAUGUGUGGGGUCCCUAUCGUACUCCAUCUUCUUGCGGUGCACAUUAUUUUCUUACCAUUGUCGACGAUAUUCUCGUUUUCUUUGAAAACAAAUUUUCUUACACAAUUGUUUCUUCCGAUAAUAAUAACAACGAAGAUAAUAAUAUUGCAAUUGGGGUGGAUGAGUGGUCUGUAAUUUCUGCAGAACAAUCUGGACUUUUAGUGUCUGAUAGCACACAAAUACUAGCCACAAGGAACCAAGGCAGCACGGAACAAGUGUCAGCAGAACCUAAUAAGACAGACAGGAUUGCUGGUCUGUCAGCAGCUUCUGGAGACAAAUUUGUCUCAUCUACAGAUUUAUCUCAAAAUGUAUCAGGAAGGGGGAGUCCAAUGGCCACUAGUCGACCUAACAUUAACGUGACACGGAGGACAAGUGAAGUCGUCACUUCACAUGAUUUAAAUAAGUCAUCAUUUGAAGAUUCAGAGACUUUUGUCUCUUCUGGCGUGAAUGGAAAUCAUUCGCUGAACACGUCAUCAGGUGAAGCUUCAGAGACUUUUGUCUCGACUGACGUGCAUACACAGAAUCUGGUACUGAUGGGUGCAAAAUCCGGUGGCGUUCCAGAAACUAAUGACUCGUCCGGAGUGAAUAUGCGAAAUGUGACAGACCGUGAUUCACCUGGUAAUAUUCAUCUACCUGACAACAUUGCUACGGAAAAUUUCUCGGAAGUUUUAUUACCGGCUACAGAAAAUAAUGAAGUUGUCAGUGACAUUUCUAACACGACUGUUAGAAGAAGUGCUCGGUCACGAGUUCCUAAUACUCGGUUAAGAGAUUAUGUAUGUAAUACUAUCGAAACAAUAGAUCCUGACUCCUCCACUCCUCACUCAUCAACGUUCUCAGGUACGCCUUAUCCCAUAACUAAUUAUGUGUCUUGUGCAAAUUUUUCUGCUAAUCAUACUCGUUUUUUGGUGGUGAUAACUAUUCUUAAAGAACCUACGAGUUAUGCAGAAGUUGUUCGUCUUCCGGUUUGGCGCGUAGCUAUGUCUAAGGAAAUUGGUGCCCUUGAUAAGAAUGGCACGUUAUCUAUUACUGAUCUUCCGCCAGGGAAGAAAGCUAUUGGUUGUAAAUGA